CAUGUUUGAGAAGGUAGCCGAUGUCAGAGGGAGACUGGGUGUUUAUCAUGUUUGGGAAGGUUCCCGGUGUCAGAGGGAGACUGGGUGUUUAUCAUGUUUGGGAAGGUUCCUGGUGUCAGAGGGAGACUGGGUGUUUAUCAUGUUUGGGAAGGUAGCCGAUGUCAAAGGGAGACUGGGUGUUUAUCAUGUUUGGGAAGGUUCCCGGUGUCAGAGGGAUACUGGGUGUUUAUCGUGUUUGGGAAGGUUCCCGGUGUCAGAGGGAUGCUGGGUGUUUAUCAUGUUUGGGAAGGUUCCUGGUGUCAGAGGGAGACUGGGUGUUUAUCAUGUUUGGGAAGGUUCCCGGUGUCAGAGGGAAACUGGGUGUUUAUCGUGUUUGGGAGGGUUCCCGGUGUCAGAGGGAGACUGGGUGUAUAUCAUGUUUGGGAAGGUUCCCGGUGUCAGAGGGAGACUGGGUGUUUAUCAUGUUUGGGAAGGUUCCCGGUGUCAGAGGGAGACUGGGUGUUUAUCAUGUUUGGGAAGGUUCCUGGUGUCAGAGAGAGACUGGGUGUUUAUCCUGUUUGGGAAGGUAGCCGAUGUCAAAGGGAGACUGUGUGUUUAUCGUGUUUGGGAAGGUUCCCGGUGUCAGAGGGAGACUGGGUGUUUAUCCUAUUUGGGAAGGUUCCCGGUGUCAGAGGGAGACUGGGUGUUUAUCAUGUUUGGGAAGGAUCCUGGUGUCAGAGAGAGACUGGGUGUUUAUCUUGUUUGGGAAGGUAGCCGAUGUCAAAGGGAGACUGGUUGUUUAUCAUGUUUGGGAAGGUUCCCGGUGUCAGAGGGUGACUGGGUGUUUAUCCUGUUUGGGAAGGUUCCCGGUGUCAGAGGGAGACUGGGUGUUUAUCAUGUUUGGGAAGGUUCCCGGUGUCAGAGGGAGACUGGGUGUUUAUCCUGUUUGGGAAGGUAGCCGAUGUCAAAGGGAGACUGGGUGUUUGUCAUGUUUGGGAAGGUUCCCGGUGUCAGAGGGAGACUGGGUGUUUAUCCUGUUUGGGAAGGUAGCCGAUGUCAAAGGGAGACUUGGUGUUUAUCAUGUUUGGGAAGGUUCCCGGUGUCAGAGGGUGACUGGGUGUUUAUCAUGUUUAAGAAGUUUCCUGGUGUCAGAGAGAGACUGGGUGUUUAUCAUGUUUGGGAAGGUAGCCGAUGUCAAAGGGAGACUGGGUGUUUAUCGUGUUUGGGAAGGUUCCCGGUGUCAGAGGGAGACUGGGUGUUUAUCCUGUUUGGGAAGGUUCCUGGUGCAAGAGGGGUACUGGGUGUUUAUCCUGUUUAAGAAGGUUCCCGGUGUCAGAGGGAGACUGGGUGUUUAUCAUGUUUGAGAAGGUAGCCGAUGUCAGAGGGAGACUGGGUGUUUAUCAUGUUUGGGAAGGUUCCCGGUGUCAGAGGGAGACUGGGUGUUUAUCAUGUUUGGGAAGGUAGCCGAUGUCAGAGGGAGACUGGGUGUUUAUCAUGUUUGGGAAGGUAGCCGAUGUCAGAGGGAUACUGGGUGUUUAUCAUGUUUAGGAAGGUUCCCGGUGUCAGAGGGAUACUGGGUGUUUAUCCUGUUUGGGAAGGUUCCUGGCGUCAGAGGGAGACUGGGUGUUUAUCAUGUUUAGGAAGGUUCCCGGUGUCAGAGGGAUACUGGGUGUUUAUCAUGUUUGGGAAGGUAGCCGAUGUCAAAGGGAGACUGGGUGUUUAUCAUGUUUGGGAAGGUUCCCGGUGUCAGAGGGUGACUGGGUGUUUAUCAUGUUUAAGAAGGUUCCUGGUGUCAGAGAGAGACUGGGUGUUUAUCAUGUUUGGGAAGGUAGCCGAUGUCAAAGGGAGACUGGGUGUUUAUCGUGUUUGGGAAGGUUCCUGGUGUCAGACGGAGACGGUGUUUAUCAUGCUUAGGAAGGUAGCCAAUGUCAAAGGGAGACUGGGUGUUUAUCGUGUUUGGGAAGGUUCCCGGUGUCAGACGGAGACUGGGUGUUUAUCGUAUUUAGGAAGGUUCCCGUUGUCAGAAGGAGGGGUUGGUGUUUAUCGUGUUUGGGUAGUUUCCCGGUGUCAGAACGAGACUGGGUGUUUAUCCUGUUUGGGAAGGUUCCAGGUGUCAGAGGGAGACUGGGUGUUUAUCCUGUUUGGGAAGGUUCCAGGUGUCAGAGGGAGACUGGGUGUUUAUCCUGUUUGGGAAGGUUCCCGGUGUCAGAGGGAGACUGGGUGUUUAUCAUGUUUGGGAAGGUUCCCGGUGUCAGAGGGAGACUGGGUGUUUAUCCUGUUUGGGAAGGUUCCCGGUGUCAGAGGGAGACUGGGUGUUUAUCAUGUUUGGGAAGGUUCCCAGUGUCAGAGGGUGACUGGGUGUUUAUCAUGUUUAAGAAGUUUCCUGGUGUCAGAGAGAGACUGGGUGUUUAUCAUGUUUGGGAAGGUAGCCGAUGUCAAAGGGAGACUGGGUGUUUAUCGUGUUUGGGAAGGUUCCCGGUGUCAGAGGGAGACUGGGUGUUUAUCCUGUUUGGGAAGGUUCCUGGUGCAAGAGGGGUACUGGGUGUUUAUCCUGUUUAAGAAGGUUCCCGGUGUCAGAGGGAGACUGGGUGUUUAUCAUGUUUGAGAAGGUAGCCGAUGUCAGAGGGAGACUGGGUGUUUAUCAUGUUUGGGAAGGUAGCCGAUGUCAGAGGGAGACUGGGUGUUUAUCAUGUUUGGGAAGGUAGCCGAUGUCAGAGGGAUACUGGGUGUUUAUCAUGUUUAGGAAGGUUCCCGGUGUCAGAGGGAUACUGGGUGUUUAUCGUGUUUGGGAAGGUUCCUGGUGUCAGAGGGAGACUGGGUGUUUAUCAUGUUUAGGAAGGUUCCCGGUGUCAGAGGGAUACUGGGUGUUUAUCAUGUUUGGGAAGGUUCCCGGUGUCAGAGGGAGACUGGGUGUUUAUCCUGUUUGGGAAGGUAGCCGAUGUCAAAGGGAGACUGGGUGUUUAUCAUGUUUGGGAAGGUUCCCGGUGUCAGAGGGUGACUGGGUGUUUAUCAUGUUUAAGAAGGUUCCUGGUGUCAGAGAGAGACUGGGUGUUUAUCAUGUUUGGGAAGGUUCCUGGUGUCAGACGGAGACGGUGUUUAUCAUGCUUAGGAAGGUAGCCAAUGUCAAAGGGAGACUGGGUGUAAAUCGUGUUUGGGAAGGUUCCCGGUGUCAGACGGAGACUGGGUGUUUAUCGUAUUUAGGAAGGUUCACGGUGUCAGAGGGAGACUGGGUGUUUAUCAUGUUUGGGUAGUUUCCCGGUGUCAGAGGGAGACUGGGUGUUUAUCCUGUUUGGGAAGGUUCCAGGUGUCAGAGGGAGACUGGGUGUUUAUCCUGUUUGGGAAGGUUCCCGGUGUCAGAGGGAGACUGGGUGUUUAUCAUGUUUGGGAAGGUUCCCGGUGUCAGAGGGAGACUGGGUGUUUAUCCUGUUUGGGAAGGUUCCCGGUGUCAGAGGGAGACUGGGUGUUUAUCAUGUUUGGGAAGGUUCCCAGUGUCAGAGGGAGAGUGGGUGUUUAUCAUGUUUGGGAAGGUUCCCGGUGUCAGAGGGAGACUGGGUGUUUAUCCUGUUUGGGAAGGUUCCCGGUGUCAGAGGGAGACUGGGUGUUUAUCAUGUUUGGGAAGGUUCCCAGUGUCAGAGGGAGAGUGGGUGUUUAUCAUGUUUGGGAAGGUUCCCAGUGUCAGAGGGAGGCGGUGUUUAUCAUGUUUGGGAGCUUCCCGGUGUCAGAGGGAGACUGGGUGUUUAUCAUGUUUGGGAAGGUUCCUGGUGUCAGAGGGAGACUGGGUGUUUAUCCUGUUUGGGAAGGUUCCCGGUGUCAGAGGGAGACUGGGUGUUUAUCCUGUUUGGGAAGGUUCCCGAUGUCAGAGGGAGACUGGGUGUUUAUCAAGUUUGGGAAGGUUUCCGGUGUCAGAGAGAGACUGGGUGUUUAUCCUGUUUGGGAAGGUUCCUGGUGUCAGAGGGGUCUGGGUGUUUAUCCUGUUUAAGAAGGUUCCCGGUGUCAGAGGGAGACUGGGUGUUUAUCAUGUUUGAGAAGGUAGCCGAUGUCAGAGGGAGACUGGGUGUUUAUCAUGUUUGGGAAGGUUCCCGGUGUCAGAGGGAGACUGGGUGUUUAUCAUGUUUGGGAAGGUUCCUGGUGUCAGAGGGAGACUGGGUGUUUAUCAUGUUUGGGAAGGUAGCCGAUGUCAGAGGCAGACUGGGUGUUUAUCAUGUUUAGGAAGGUUCCCGGUGUCAGAGGGAGACUGGGUGUUUAUCAUGUUUGGGAAGGUAGCCGAUGUCAAAGGGAGACUGGGUGUUUAUCAUGUUUGGGAAGGUAGCCGAUGUCAGAGGGAUACUGGGUGUUUAUCAUGUUUAGGAAGGUUCCCGGUGUCAGAGGGAUACUGGGUGUUUAUCGUGUUUAGGAAGGUUCCUGGUGUCAGAGGGAGACUGGGUGUUUAUCAUGUUUAGGAAGGUUCCCGGUGUCAGAGGGAUACUGGGUGUUUAUCGUGUUUGGGAAGGUUCCCGGUGUCAGAGGGAUACUGGGUGUUUAUCGUGUUUGGGAGGGUUCCCGGUGUCAGAGGGAGACUGGGUGUUUAUCAUGUUUGGGAAGGUAGCCGAUGUCAAAGGGAGACUGCGUGUUUAUCGUGUUUGGGAAGGUUCCCGGUGUCAGAGGGAGACUGGGUGUUUAUCCUGUUUGGGAAGGUUCCCGGUGUCAGAGGGAGACUGGGUGUUUAUCAUGUUUGGGAAGGUUCCCGGUGUCAGAGGGAGACUGGGUGUUUAUCCUGUUUGGGAAGGUAGCCGAUGUCAAAGGGAGACUGGGUGUUUAUCAUGUUUGGGAAGGUUCCCGGUGUCAGAGGGUGACUGGGUGUUUAUCAUGUUGAAGAAGGUUCCUGGUGUCAGAGAGAGACUCAGUGUUUAUCAUGUUUGGGAAGGUAGCCGAUGUCAAAGGGAGACUGGGUGUUUAUCAUGUUUGGGAAGGUAGCCGAUGUCAAAGGGAGACUGGGUGUUUAUCAUGUUUGGGAGGGUUCCCGGUGUCAGAGGGAGACUGGGUGUUUAUCCUGUUUGGGAAGGUAGCCGAUGUCAAAGGGAGACUGGGUGUUUAUCAUGUUUGGGAAGGUUCCAGGUGUCAGAGGGAGACUGGGUAUUUAUCCUGUUUGGGUAGUUUCCCGGUGUCAGAGGGAGACUGGGUGUUUAUCCUGUUUGGGAAGGUUCCAGGUGUCAGAGGGAGACUGGGUAUUUAUCCUGUUUGGGUAGUUUCCCGGUGUCAGAGGGAGACUGGGUGUUUAUCAUGUUUGGGAAGGUUCCCGGUGUCAGAGGGAGACUGGGUGUUUAUCAUGUUUGGGAAGGUUCCUGGUGUCAGAGGGAGACUGGGUGUUUAUCAUGUUUGGGAAGGUAGCCGAUGUCAGAGGCAGACUGGGUGUUUAUCAUGUUUAGGAAGGUUCCCAGUGUCAGAGGGAUACUUGGUGUUUAUCGUGUUUGGGAAGGUUCCUGGUGUCAGAGGGAGACUGGGUGUUUAUCAUGUUUAGGAAGAUUCCCGGUGUCAGACGGAGACUGGGUGUUUAUCCUGUUUGGGAAGGUAGCCGAUGUCAAAGGGAGACUGGGUGUUUAUCCUGUUUGGGUAGUUUCCUGGUGUCAGAGGGAGACUGGGUGUUUAUCCUGUUUGGGUAGUUUCCCGGUGUCAGAGGGAGACUGGGUAUUUAUUAUGUUUGGGUAGUUUCCCGGUGUCAGAGGGAGAGGUGGAUGUUUAUUGUGUCUGGGAAGCAGUCAGUGUGAGACAGAGAGGUGGGUAUUAAUCGUGUUUGUUGAAGCAGCCACUGUACACUCCCAUUGAGUUAGAUGGUCUUCUGUUCAAUUCUGCAAAGCAGUGAAAUGUUUAAGCAAACAUCCCCAGGUCACAGGUAAGACAUGGAUGGAUGAUGUGAGUCACUGGGUGCAUGAUGAGAUCUCAUUCUGGUUGUAGAUGGAUCUUUCAGAAGGGUUUGAGACCAUUUACACGUGAUCUGCGCAGAUUACUGUUGUCAAGUCUGAACUGUGUGACUUUAGUUGGGUAUUAGAUAACUCUGCUGCUGCUGUGCAGAAAGUGUGGUUAAAUGUUAACUGAUUAGUCAAUCAUGUCUCUUCCUCUGGUUAACUGUAAAUUGCAAACGCUACACUUGGUGCCAUUGAUGACAAGACAGAACAACCUCUACAUCAUUCAAUCUUCAAUCUCCUGUUUGCACUGCUGAAUCUCUCCAGGACUCUCUGCACCAGAUUUAAUGCCCUCUGUUAUCUAGUGUGAUACAGUACAUAUCCAAUUAUUUAUGGACUACAAUUCAGCUUUUUUAAUUUUUUUGGAUUGUUAAUUUCUAAGUGCUUAUUUAUUAAAUCUAUUCAUAUCUCACCUGUGGUGCAGUUAUGUUGUGUACAUUCAGUUUACAGUGACUGUUGUACUCCAGACGGCUGCUAACACUGAUGGUGACUGGCCCGAUAUCUAUUUGUGUUGAAGGAAUCUAAUUUAUCUAUAAGGUUUGAAGCAACAGUGUGUGCGUUGUUGGAAUCAUUGAGUGUGAACUGAGCUGAAGCUUUGUACAGAUGUAAAUGUUGAGAAAAGAUGUAGAAAUUCUUUGUAAAGUUUAACAAAAAAUUAUGGAAAGUUUCACAAAGUUUGUCUUUCUUUGCAUACCUUUUCCUGUUGCUGUCUUCACCUAUUAGGAUGAGUCCAAUUUGACAUUUGCUGAAUUCACCUAUCAGGAUGAGUCAAUUUGUCACCUACCACCCCAGCAGUAUGGGUGUCCAGCACAUAAUUGUUCGCGACUUCCGCCAUCUCCAACCGGAUCCUGCCUCCA